AUGGCCACGAUUCUUGAGAGUGAAAAAGACCCUCUACAACCACCUUCACGUGGAUUUCUGGAGACAGUAGAAGAAAUCACCAGAGUCUACAGGUCACUGCCACCUCGACCUUCCAUUGAAGAGGUGGAAGCUGCCACGUCCACUGUGGAUACCCUCAACAACGAGGAACAAACCAAACUCCACGAAAUCUCAAUGCAACAAUCUCCUCCCGACGUCCCUGAGGACCUCUUCUCUGUCCUGCAGCAACUCAAGAAGACCAUGGUCUUGUUCCACACCAACCAACAGAGGAGAGAGGCUCUUCAACUUCUCGAGCUCGAAAAGAUGUUCCAAACCUUUGGUGAUCUCAUUCAGAGGGCUUCCGAAUUGGUCUCUGGAGAUACCCAGAAGCAAAACCUUCCCACUUUCACCGAAGAAAACGUUAUGACCACUGACCAAAGUCAAAUUUUGGUGAAGGAAGAGGAAGAAUCACAGAAGAAUGAUUUCCAAGUGAUAAAGCCUUCUUUGUCUGCAGGCGAAGGAAGCACUGAGAAAUUAAGUUUAAUGAAAGUUGCUACUGUUAUUGAAAGUUGUGCUGGUAGUGGAGCUACAACCCUUGAACUUAGAGGGAAGUUGGUGGAUCAGAUGGAAUGGUUGCCGGUGUCAAUUGGGAAAUUAUCUGAUGUCACUGACAUGGACCUAUCCGAAAACAGAAUCAUGGCUCUUCCAACAACUAUUAUUGGUCUCAAGGCCUUAACAAAGCUUGAUCUUCACUCAAACCAACUCAUAAACCUUCCCCAUUCAUUUGGUGAACUGAUAAACCUUGUUGAUCUUGACCUCCAUGCUAACAGAUUGAAAUCACUUCCUGCUACUUUCGGAAACUUGACAAACCUCAUUGAUCUAGACUUGAGCUCAAAUGGGUUCACAAGUUUACCAGAGACAAUCGGGAAUUUGAGCAGCCUGAAGAGAUUGAAUGCUGAGACCAACGAGCUUGAGGAACUGCCUUACACAAUUGGAAAUUGUUCAUCACUAUCUGAGCUCAGGUUAGAUUUCAAUCAGCUCAAGGCCAUACCUGAGGCAAUUGGGAAGCUUGAAUGGUUGGAGAUCCUCACUGUGCACUAUAAUAGAGUCAAGAGGUUGCCUUCCACAAUGGGUAAUCUAUGCAAUUUAAAGGAACUCGAUGUUAGCUUUAAUGAACUCGAAUUUGUACCAGAGAGCCUGUGUUUUGCAACUAAUUUAAAGAAAUUAAACUUGGGAAAGAACUUUGCGGACCUAAGAGCCUUGCCAAGAUCAAUUGGAAAUCUUCAAAUGCUUGAGGAGUUGGAUAUAAGCGAUGAUCAAAUAAAAGCUUUACCAGAGUCUUUCAGGUUCUUAUCCAAGUUGAGAGUUUUUAGAGCUGAUGAGACCCCCCUUGAGGUGCCACCGAGAGAAUUGGUCAAAUUGGGCGCUCAGGAAGUUGUGCACUAUAUGGCUGAUUUUGACACCAAGAAGGAUGCAAAACUUGUGCCAUCAAAGAAGAAAAGGAAGGGGUUUGGAUUCCGGGUUUUCUCCCUAUUUUGUUCUAAGCUUGAAUGA